CUUUCCUCAGAGCGGAAUGGCGGCUCUUUUGGAAUCGUUGCUCCGGGGAGACGUAGAGUUGUGCAGUGUUGUGAAAUGGCUGCGAGGACAAAGUGACUGUAGCGGAGACCAAGAUGUGCUCUUAACAGCCAGGAAGCACGAGUUUGUUCCAUUUAUCCUGAACUUCCUGAGGGAUCAGAGCAGCAACACUCUGACUCAUGGCCCCAGCACCCCAGCAAAGACCCCCAGCACCACCAGGUCUCUCAGAGCCAAGGGUUCGUGUAAUGAGCGGAGAACCUCGAACAGAGCAUCAGCGAGCCAAGGUUCCCGCAGUAGCAGCCGAGUCCAGCUGUUCUCAGCUUCGUCGCAGCUAGACAACCCGAGCGGGCACGACAGUCCACUGACGGCCUCACAGAGUCUUACUGGCAUAAGCGCUUUCAGCAGUCCUUCCUUUAGCUCGGGAUGGAGUCCUGCCCCUAGACCCGUGACGUCCGAACGCCGGUCUGCUCAGCGCCACUGUCUUGCUGACUUUAUGACGUCGCCUCCAGACACUCAGGCCAGCCCAACAUUUCAGCCGCAUCGAGGGCGCAAAAGAAGCAGCGGGUUUGGAACGUCGGUGUCAAGCCGGCACUCCGGUGCACGUGGUGGCUAUUUUGCAGAGGCUGGCGGCUACGAUGUUGCAGGACGUAAGGAACGCGGUGGAGGGAGGAAUUAUGAUCCGGUGUCACCCCCUACACAAGUGGAGCUCAACUUAAACAAUUUGGAGGACUUUCCUCCAGUCAGCGCAUCUCAUGCGACCCCUAUAGCAACAAGACCUUCACGACGCAUCAACCCAACACCAGUCAGUGCUGAAAGACCGAACUCCAAACCCAAGAGCUGCUUUACCUCCACACCCCUCAGCAAGCCCUGCAGUCCUCCUUCCAUCCCAGAGGCCAUAAAUCCUGGGAGCCCACUUUGUCUGCAAGAGGAGAGGGAGCUACUAAAGAAAGAAAGGUCUAAACUUGCACAGCAGAGCUGCUCUCCGCUGAAGCCCAGUGCCAGUGUUUGCACUCCUACCAAAUCCAUACUGAGGUCAGGUUCAAAGGUGACUCCUGAUCCGCAGGCUCCUUGUCCCGACCCCACUAAAGUGACUCAUGCACCAGAGCUUGAGCUUUUAGCUGAGCUGUACUGUGUAUGCAUUUCAGAGAACUUGGUGCCAUGCGUGUUCCUGGAGCUGUUCUUUGUGCUGCAGCUGCUGACUUCGCGGAGUGUAUCAACCUCUGAAUUAACAGAAGAGUGUCCUAGUGUGUGUGAACGAAAAACAGAUUUUCUUGAGAAAGCUUAUCUGGGAAAUGUCCACAGCUGUGUGUAUUUUGCUGUGCGAGUUCUGGAGAAACAGUUUGGUUUGUUUUCGCAAUUGGAUCGUUGCACACUGCGCCUCCUGGCAGAAAAUGAGAGAGUCACCACUUUCUCUCCAGCCUUGCGAGAUCGCCUGGCACAAGCUCAAGAUGCCUGCACAGCUAAGGUGCUACCCAGCGAGCCCGCUUUCAUUCAUACAGUGCCGUUCCAGCCAGCCACAGACAACCGAACUAACUUCAGCAGUGAUAAGGCUUUUCACAUAUUUAAGAAACAAAGAGAUAUUUUUUAUGAGCUGCUAAGAGAGUGGGAAGAUUAUCAUACGGAGCCAGGGUGGGAGUUUGAGCCCGCAUUAGGCCACCGGGUCAGGGCAAUGGUCAGUCAGUUGGCAGCAGCAGGAAAUCACUGUCAUUUUGCCAGGCUUUUCCAGAAGCAGCUGGUUCAGAUGUGUAAGAGCCACAGGGAGCUCAGCUCUCCUGGUGAUGCUCCAGAUGCAGAUUUGCUGGGCAUGGUGGGGGCAGACAGCCUGGGGAGACUGAAGCGCCUGCAAGAGCGUCUGAUCCAACCACAGGCUCUAAGUGGCCCUUGUCCUCCACCUUCUUUCCCUGGACACCAGGAGUUCUUCAGAAAUUUUUUACAGACAGCUAGCUGCUGCCAGCUGAACCAACACCUGAAGGAUGGUUUGUGUCAACAGCUUCUGCGGAUGAAUGAGGUGUCUAUCCUCGGCCCUGAUGGUUCCUCAAGCACAAGCGAGGAUGUAGGAGAUGGGGACAUGGAACAGCAGGAUGAAAAGCAGCGAUUCUCUUCAGUACUCCUCUUGGCUCGACUUCUUGCUAAGUUCCUGGGCUUUAUCUCCUUUAUGCCCUACCAGACUUCUGAGGCACCGUCCAGAGAGAUCCAGGAGGCUUCCAUCGCCCUGCGCAGUAAGAGCGCCCCAGUGCUGGAUGUCUCUGCAUUGUUGAUAAGUUGUGUGCGCAGGAAGCGCACUGUGCUUACUGUUCCCUGGCUGGUGGAGUUUCUUUCCAUGCUGGACUACACUGGCCCAUUUUUACCAUGUUACAGGAAUGCUCUGGGCCUCCUACUUCAAAUCUACAGGAGGAUGAGGUUGGGUGAAGUUGGGGAGCAGUAUUACUUGAAUCAGAUGAUGCUGGUGGCAGUGCUGGGUUGGCUUUUCCAGAUCCCAGUAUUUCCAGACGAUCUCUUCUUUAGCAGUAAUGUGCAGGUGCUAGAGGAAUUAGUGGAUCACAGCAGUCAAGGGCUGGACAACCUGCCCUUAGUGGAUCAGCAGCUUCUGUAUACCUGUUGCCCAUAUUUAGGGGAGUUUCGCAAGUUGUUGGCAGCUUUUGUGUCGGGUAAUGCGUCCAAGGCUGGAGGCAUGAUCCGCAAGAUCACGCCAACAUCUGCUGAGCCCAGAGGUCCCCCCACCACCCGCUCUCAGCAGAAACUACAGCUGGACCUGGAGCAGGCUUUCUUUCACAAUCAGCCUCCUUCACUUAAACGAACCGUUGAAUUUGUGGCUGAACGAGUUGGAUCUAACGGUGUCAAACACAUCAAAGCUACACUGGUAUCCGAGCUGGUACAGAGUGGAGAGAAGACUCUCAGAGACGGUUUGAAUUCAGAUAGUGUUAAUGCAGCGAAGCUGAAUGACUCGAUUUGUGCUCAACUCUGUGAUGCAGGCAUGCAGGCCCUGGAGAGAGCCACCAGGUUUUGCAGCGAGAAUGCUCCAAGAGCUAUAAGGGUUCUUUUACCUGACGAGACAUCGCAGGCUGUUUUGACAACAUCUGAACACAUCACCACACGUUUAGCAACCGAGAAAUCUUGCAGCUGGCUUUCCUCCAAUAUCACAGCUCUUAUAAAGAAGGAGUGGAAGAGUACUUUCGAACGGGUGAUGAAGAAUGUGCAGUGUCCUACAAGCACCGAGUCUGUGGAUGCAGGAGGACCUGGCAAGAGUGUGCCGAGACAGAAGAGCUCCCCAGGACAAGAUGCUGGGUCCUCAUGCCCACAAGAUUGCUCCCAUCAAGGUCCACUGGCAUCAGAUGUUAUUAUCGAGAUAAAGGAGGUUCUGAGCAUCGCAGUAGGGCCCAGGUCUGAAGAUGAUGUUUUUACAGUGCAGCAGAUUGCCUUUCUGCUAGAUAAAGUGGGACAGACACUAAAAUGUAGAAAGUUCAUGUCUUCAGUAGCUGAGCAGAUGCUUUUGCGUAGUACUGUCUUGCUGGCCUGCAAGCUAGUGUCUGAAGAGCUCCCCCUGGUGUCCUCAGCAGGGGGUAAUGUGAAAGAAGCUGUUGAUGUCGGAUCUUUAUUGAAUAAAUUCAUUGUUCUGUGGUCUCAUGCUCCCUCUGUCCACGCGACAUUGCAUCUACUAUUCAGUGAGCAAAUGCUUGCCACUAUAAUCAAAGCCAAUGACUUGCAGAGAUACAACUACCUGCUAUUUAUUAAAACACUUAUAGAGAAAGAACUUCUGAGAGAGGAAGAAGUGGUCACUCCCUGGGCAAAGAUAUCAGCGUUAUCUUCUCCAGGGGAAACUACGGAGACUUUUCAGAAGCUGUCUUUGGCCUCUUCUCCACCAGUGCCUUUACUGACAUCUAGUGAUAUCCUGCAGAUCUCCCAGUGACCAACAGGGGGAGGCACCUAUACUACAUUGCAAAAAAGAAAUAUGCAAAAGAAAGCAACUGAGAUCACUUUAGCUGUUUGAUUUUAAAAGAUUUUAAUCACUCAGUUUGUUACAUAGUGAGCAUUUGAUACGGCACAAGCACUUACCAAAAACGACUUGGCAACUUUCUGGCGCACAUCAAAAUUCUUUUGAAUGUCCAUCAUUUUUAAGCCUUUAUGCUCCCAGUCUACACUUCUACAUAUUAUUCUACACCCUUAAUGAAAUCUUUUACAGAGUGCUGAAAAUCUGAUUUGCUGAUGGUGCUAUUGUAAAGAAAUUGCACAAGUACAAAUGGAAAGUUAUUUGUACCUCCGAUUGGGGUAUUUUUUUGUAUGGAAAUAGGAAUAAACAAAGAAGUCUAUGUUCAAGAGGGAAAACUAUUUCAAAUAUGUGUUUAUCAUCUUGGCCAUCAUGAUGAGAGCUAAGAGCUUUUGGAAAAGAGGGUAUAAUCCUUUUAAAGAGGCAUAGGGGAAGUAAUGCAAUAGAUCCAAGGUGUAAAUAUUGAGUGUCAAGUGCAUUAUAUGGGCAGAAGUUUGUGGACACCUCAUCACCACUUGUGCCUUAGAACAUCCCAUUACAUAUUUUAGUGCUCCUUUGCUGGCAUUAUCACUUCGAUUUUUUUAGGGAAGGCUUAGCAUGAGAUUUCAAUGUGAUGUAGGGGAUUUGUUUUAGGUGCAAUGUUUUUUUAGGCCUUGCUUGUUGCACAGAGGCAUUGUCAUACUUGAGUUGGUUUAGUUCCAGUGAAGGGAAAUUAGUUAUAUAGCAUGCAAAGACAUUCCAUUUGAAAGAAUGCUUUCAUUUUUAUAGCAACAGAUUGGAAGCGAUCCACAUAAGCAGGAUGAUGGUCAGGUGUCCACAAAUGUUUUAGCCAUAUAGUGUGUACCACAUUAGAAUAGAUAAGGUGCAUUCAUAAUCAUCGAUCUGAAAGAUGCAUAGAUGUGUGUACAUGUUAUAGACCUGGGAAACUAAUAUAUUUAGGCCUUAAAUGAUCUGCAGUAGAGUACUGAAAACCGAUAAUGCUUACACCUUAUUUCAUUAAUGUUGUGAAUCUGAUUGUGUGAUCAUCCUUUCAGCCAUAUUCGAGAUGUAUGUAUACAUGAUUUUCGCUAUGAAUGCUGUGGACUGCAUUUUAAUGGACACCUGGUUCAUGUUGGACUUAAUGUUGUCAGUUGAUUUUAAACUAUGUUUAAUAUCAAUAAUAUAAUAAAUGUUUAAUUAUAAAGUG